UUUGGCGCGCUCGUCAAUGGCAAAUUGGCUCAAUUAUUUGCUGCCUAUUAUGAUGCUAAGUUUGAAGUGCCUACUCAAAAGCCAUAUCCUUUCAUAGUGUUUUUGUUCGUGUCGACCAUUUUGGGCACAACAACAACCGCUAACUACAAACGUUGAAGAAGAUGAUUUAGAUAAAGGCCAAAAUAUACAAUAUUUGUUCAGUUGGCGCCAAAUGGCCAGCCCAAUAUUUAAAGAACUUUUAGCUCUAUUUUCGUCGAGUUAAUUCGAUAAGCAAUACCAGUAUUUACCCACUCUUUGUAGCAGAAGCUUUCACCGUAUUUAAGAGGGCAAUUCUUAUGCAAAAAGGAAAACAAUUUUCAGGGCAGGGACAGCCCAGUUCAGGUCAAAGUUUUGCAAAACAAAAAUGUAACAACAGCGCUCUGAUAUCGUACUAUAAUGGCCCAUUUCCCCUUUAUAUUUUGUCUCGAAUGAAGCGGAAUUUUGGCGUGAUCCAAAAUAAAUAUACCGCAAACAUUAAUCUGGCUCAAAAAUGCAUAGCUAGUACAUUUAUGACACCGAAGCCUGCUUUUCCUUAGCUUAUUAUCGAAAGCAAGUGCUCAUAGAAGUGUUUACAUCGUGAAAUCGAACACGGCUUAUUGUCAUCAGCCAAUCAAACGUCAAACUACAAAAAUAACUACCAAUUGGAACGGCUGUUAGACGCCAUUACGUCCCAGUUCCCGCCCCUUAAUUUGAACGCUUCGAAUAACAACAACGGGGGUCGAUGAAAACAUUCAUGCCGCAUCACACAUACAAGAGAGUGCGAUAUAGGCAAAAACAACAGUUACGUUACAUUGAAGGCAGUAAAAGUGAAUCUCGUUUACUACAGCUGCAGGAGUUCUGAGCAAAUUUCAGAGAAUGCCUGCAUUUCGUGAAAAAGACUCGCAAAUGUCGAUCUUGAAUCGACUGUCCAGGGCCGGCAUACGCAGCGGAUGUUUUGAAAAUAGGAGUAGAUGCAUUUCAACCGGCGAACGGGUUUGGUCCGUACUCUCCGAGCGACUAAACGACCAAAAAGACGGGAAUGGCGUGUGCAAUGGCUUAGAGAAUGGCAACGGUGUAUACAUGCAGCUUGCUCAAGACGUUACCGCGAAUUUCGGUCGCCGGCAUUUGAGAGGGAAUGGCGUGAACGAAGUGCAUUACAGUAGUCACAACGUAGAACAUUGUUCACAGGAUGGCGCUAGGGACGGUGUUCCUCAACAUGAUAUUUUGCAGAACACAAAAAAUUACGAUGCUUUACCACAGCUGAGAAACGGCAAUGCAAGCUCAAAUUCAUGGAAGCGAACUGCUCCGCUUGUUAUUGAUAUACCGAAUGAUGCAUAUCUUCAAGGCCAAAACUCGGAGGAUGCAGAAGAGCAGAUGGCUGCGGCGGUUCUGACGUCUCUUUCUCUAUCGCCUGUUCUAAGGAAUAUCCAAAUAGAGCAAGACGAAAUAUUCGAAGACGUGAUGAAUACGGAUAGCGUCAGCGAUGAGGCCACGUCAACAGCACCACAUUCAGAUUCCGAAAACAAAGUCAGAAAAUCGAAACUACGUCGACGAAAGAGCUCUUUGAAGACAUUAUUUCAGUGUACGUGGCCUCGGUGUAAAAAGAUCUUGACAAAUUCUGCCGCAAUCGUCAGGCAUGUUCGAGCUCGGCAUUUGGGAGCUAAAAGGGAAGAAGACGAUGGUUUCAGCGACGGAGAGGAAGAAUUCUAUUUCAUCGAAGUUGAACGAAAUGAAAAUGAAAGAAAUGACAACUCUUCCGAAGAAUGCACCGCUCCCCCCGUGACACGGACUAACUCCAGGCGAUGUCGUUCAUUCAGCGACCCAUCCAUGCCAACACAACCCCCCGUCUCGUCGAGCGGACAUCUCCACUUAGAUGAUAACUUCAUAUGGCCGUUGAGAACGACGGGGGGGAGGCCGAAGACAAAGCGACCGCUACACCAGACGGUUCACACAAACAACAGAAAAGCACGUGGCGAUGGAAAAAAAUGUCGAAAAGUUUUCGGCAUGGAGAACAAGCAGCUAUGGUGUACGCAAUGCCGUUGGAAGAAAGCAUGCGUAAAAUUCAUAGACUAGCGACGAGGAGUGUUUGACCUGGCGCGUGCAGCAGCUAGAGGACUGGUUUCGAGUUACGAAAGAGGAUAAACGACAGGAUAACUUGUAUGCAUUAUCCGACACAUUCGAAGUUUUUCCAUGAGAUGGAAACACGAACGACGUAGGCUAGAUAUGACUGUAUGCCUUUGGAAACAUCGUUUAUUGAGACGCUUUAUAAAUGUAGCGAGUUUGACUUUGAGACGUAUAUGGACGUCAGACCUGGGACGGAGUGGGGGAUUUCAGGAACCCCACCUUUUACGGUUAUCAAAUUCUCAAUUUAUAUUAUCAGGGGCUUUAUAAUGAUGACUGUAAAUGUAGUUUUAAAGUUUGAGGGCCAUGCAUGCAUAUAGACGCCAGACCUGGGACGGUGUGGGGGAUUUCAUGAACCCCACCUUUUACGGUUAUCAAAUUCUCAAUUUAUAUUAUCAGGGGCUUCAUAUUGAUGACUGUAAAUGUAGUUUCAAGUUUGAGGGCCAUGCAUGCAUAUGGACGCCAAACCUGGGACGAAGUGGGGGAUUUUAGGAACCCCACCUUUUACGGUUAUCAAAUUCUCAAUUUAUAUUAUCAGGGGCUUUAUAAUGAUGACUGUAAAUGUAGUUUUAAAGUUUGAGGGCCAUGCAUGCAUAUAGACGCCAGACUUGGGACGGAGUGGGGGAUUUCAGGAACCCCACCUUUUACGGUUAUCAAAUUCUCAAUUUAUAUUAUGAGAGGCUUUAUAUUGAUGACUGUAAAUGUAGUUUUAAAGUUUGAGGGCCAUGCAUGCAUAUAGACGCCAGACUUGGGACGGAGUGGGGGAUUUCAGGAACCCCACCUUUUACGGUUAUCAAAUUCUCAAUUUAUAUUAUCAGGGGCUUUAUAAUGAUGACUGUAAAUGUAGUUUUAAGUUUGAGGGCCAUGCAUGCAUAUCGACGCCAGAGCCGCAGCUCUGGAAAAGGGUGGGGGUAAAUGCAAAACCCACCAUCAAUCGAACACCCACUCCAUACAUGUAUAACAUCAUCUUUUCGUAUACGGGGACAUUUUACAGAAUCUGAUCGUUCUACAAAAAUGUAACUAGCAUAUCGCUAUAGGUCGAUCAGAUGCUUGCAAUAGCUUUAACUACGGCAUAAUUCAAUAGAUAUACCAGCAACAGAUAGUUUAGAGGUAUAUUCUUUCUAAGAAUAGAUAUCAUAUUUCUUCUUUAGAUAUCUUGAGUAUAACUUGACAGUUUCACAAAAUGUAGCUGUCAGUUUGUGAACAAACUCAUAUAUAUACCUAAAGUGGGUCCGUUUCUAGUAAUUCUUCAAUAGUUCUGGCGUUGCAAAUAUAUGUGGGAGAGAAACUAAUUAUAGCGUUACAGCGUUUUUAUCAACAAACACUCAAGACCAUUUUGUGUUAUAGUUCAAACGUUCAUUUGUUCAACAUUGCAUGCAAUCGUUGCAAGCAUAUACAUAUAUACGAACCAUUAUUUAACCAGGAACGGUAUGUUCCAUACGAAAGCAGAUUAAGUCGUACUUAAUUCAUACAAAAAAACAAUAAAAUAAUAUGAAGGUUGAAAUUUAUAGUUGAAAUUAC